CUCUCUCUCUCUCUCUCUCUCUCUGUUCCGCACAGUCUCUGUUCCAUACACCUUUCCUCUGCAUCUUUGUCCUUUAUUUCUCCUCCGCCUCCUCCUCCUCCUCCUCCCGCGUCCACCGCCGUAAAGGAGCCACUCGCCGUUAGCAGCGAGAGUCUGAGAGCAGGUGGCGCGUCCGACUGCAGCAAAGACCGAUCCCAAGUUUUGUUUGAAGAGUUGUUCGUUCUUUGACUGUCUCAAACUGAAACACUGCACAUACCCUCGCUUCGCAGGUUGAAAUUUCAAGUUGGAGAGAGAUGAUGUUUCCUGCAGAGAUGUUUGCGCACUACGGGUCCACGAUCGGCGGGCUGGUCGUCCUACGGGCAAUGGUCCAGCAGUACUUGCCUUCCCAGCUUCGCGACUUCGUGGACCGAUAUAUCCACAAAUGGAUGAGCCUGUUCGACAACCACGUCCAGAUCUCGUUCCCUCAGUUCACGGGCCAAAGGAUGAAGAGCAGCGAGGCGUACAUGGCCAUUCAGAACUACCUCAUAAAGAAUGUCACGUCCGUGGCUAAGAAACUUAAAGCGGAUUCUGUCAAAGACAGCCGAUCUCUUGUCCUGAGCAUGGAUGACUUUGAGGAGGUCACCGAUGAAUACAAGGGCGCGAAGGUUCGGUGGAUCUUGAACAAAGUUUCCCCCCAGAGUUCCUCAGUUUCAAUGUAUGCUGCGACAGAGCCGCCGAGAUACUACACACUCACAUUCAAUCGAAAAAAUAGGGAGUUAAUCAUGCAAUCUUACAUCAGGCACGUAUUGAUUGAAGGGAAGGCGAUUGCAUCUACAAAUCGACAGCGGAAGCUAUACACGAAUGAUCCGCUCUACUCCAUGUGGAACCAUGUUGUUUUUGAGCACCCAGCAACUUUUGAAACGUUGGCUAUGGAUCCAGACAAGAAGAGAGAAAUCAUGAACGACCUUACAAAAUUCACCCAGAGAAAAGAAUAUUAUGCCAAAAUUGGCAAGGCCUGGAAGCGCGGUUAUUUGCUCUAUGGUCCACCAGGAACUGGAAAGUCCACCAUGGUCGCUGCUAUGGCCAAUUUCCUGAAAUAUGAUGUGUAUGAUUUGGAGCUCACGGCAGUCAAAAAUAACACGGAGCUGAGGAGGCUUCUGAUCGAGAUUUCAAGCAAGUCUAUCAUCGUGAUCGAGGAUAUUGAUUGCUCUCUCGAUCUCACCGGCCAGAGGAAGAAGGAGGGGGACGAUGAAAACGACGAUGGUGGCGAGGAUAAGAGCCCAGCGAAGAAGCUGACCCAAAAAGAGAAAAAAAGCAGUGAGGUCACUUUAUCUGGUCUUCUUAACUUCAUCGAUGGAAUUUGGUCUGCUUGUGGGGGUGAAAGAAUAAUUGUAUUUACCACCAAUCAUUUGGACAAGCUCGAUCCUGCUCUUAUAAGGAGAGGACGGAUGGAUAAGCACAUAGAGAUGUCAUAUUGCUGCUAUGAAGCAUUCAAGGUUCUUGCAAGAAAUUAUCUGAACAUCGAUGAUCAUCCUCUGUAUAAAACAAUUGGUGGGUUGUUCGACAAUACCAAUAUGACUCCUGCGGAUGUUGCAGAGAACUUGAUGCCCAAGUCCGACGAUGAGGAUGUGGAGGUUUGCUUGAGGAACUUGAUACAAGCACUCGAAGCAGUGAAGGAAAAAGCGAAGAAGAACGCCGAGGAAGAAGCACAGGCCAAAGUUGAAAGGGAAAGGCAAGAGAAGAGGUCAAAAUGGUGGAGGGAGAGUAAAAAAUGGGUGGGAUCUCUGCUUAAGAAGAAAGGAUGAAGGGUGUCAUAUUGGUCGAGUGGAUGCCGAAGUACAGAAAGACUGGCCAUGCAAAGUGGAUGGGAUCAAACUGAAAGCAGCUAACAAAUUGGAGUGGUAGAUACGUUCUUGUUGUCUUCGAGUUUUAGAUUUAAGAUUACGAAAAGCAGAACUUCAAGGAUAGGCUUAAAUGGGGGGAAUGUUUAGUGGUCCAGAUGAACUUUUUCCUCUUGUUACUUUGCAAUUUGGAUUAUGCCUUUAAACUCUUGCAAGUAGUAAAAUUUCUGGUUAGCUUC